AUGCGUAUGUAAAAGAUUGUGUAAAUGUAGCCGUGCUUCAGUCUAUGGUAAAAAUCGGAAUUGAACGCUUCUUCGUAAUCGGUCUUGACGUCUAGUCUAAUCCUUGACGAACUAUUGUUUUGUGAAAAUCUACUUCCGAUUAAACUGAAUUUAAUUAAUUUAAAUUGAAUAAAAAUUAAGAUGGGAAUGAACAAGGCUACUAUCUUCAAAGUGGUGGAAUUGAUAAUAGUAUGCGUUCUUAUAGGAUUACAUUAUCAUUCCUUCAGUGAUAGUAGUUUAACCAGUGCCUUUGUUACAAUGGGUACCUUUGGUGGGUAUUUAAUUAUCCUUGUGGGAAUAUGUCUUGGAAUUAUCCUAGGAGCUACUAUUGAUCAUCGCUUGGAUUUGUUUUUCUCCAUAGUCGGUUGUAUUUUGUUCAUCAUUGCUGGUGCUCUUAUCCUUGAUCACUUCAUAAACGCAGUUUAUCGAGGGAAUUUUCGUAAUACUGGUAUCGCUAAAGGAUGCAUCAGUAUAAUUCAAGGAGUUUUGUUUUUGAUAGAUGCAGUGUUCGCAUUCCGAGGAAAUUAAAAUACAAAAUAUUUUAAAUAAUAUUAGACACUAUAUAAUUAUAGAUUCAUUUUUAAAGAUGAUAAUAAAAAAUUAAUAAUAA